CUUCUUGACGAAAUUCAUAGACAAGAACGUGAAGAGCUAGAGAACAAGCUUGAAUCCAAAGACAAAAGCAUACAGAAAAGAAUACCACGUUCGGUACCAAAAGGAAAGGAAAAGAACUAUAAGUAUAUGAUUUAUACUGAAGAGAUGGAAAAUGAAGAAGACAGAGAUAUGGUUAUGUUGCAUUUAGUUAGAAGAAACAACAAGAGCUUUUACGACCUUGCUAAGAUUUACAAAUCUGACAGAAAUUGGUUCUAUCGCGAAAACUUACCGAUUUCAAUGACCCCAAAUGAAGAUGUGAAACAAAUAGUUCAAGAUACGUUACCUCAAACACACUAUAAUAUUAAAGGUUGUACAAUUCUUACCUUCAAAGAAGACUUACCGCUACUGAAAGAAAAAAUAACAGAGUAUUUCGAUAACUUCAAAGAGGAAGAAUGA